AUGUCGGGCGGCGGGAGCGUGGUUCGUGGCCCAGCGGGAAACAACGACUGUCGGAUCUACGUGGGUAACCUGCCACCAGAUAUCCGCACUAAAGACGUGGAGGAUGUGUUUUAUAAGUACGGGGCGAUCCGAGAUAUCGAUCUGAAGAACCGGAGGGGAGGACCGCCGUUCGCUUUUGUGGAAUUCGAGGACCCCAGGUAGCUAACUAUGCUAAAAACAUAAUUACGUUGCUUUCAGAACACAAACAGAUAGCUAACAUUCGCUACGUAGCUAGCCCCAGAAGGAGUUUGGUAACAACUAGCAACAUUUAGCUAGCUCGCUACCUCGUGUUGUGUUUAGAGGCGGAGAUAUUGGUGUGUUGUUGACAGACAGUUUUACCAGAGUAUGUGUAUAUAUAUAUAUAUGUGUGUGUGCUCUUUGAUUUUACUACCAUGGUCCAGUACCAAGUUAAUGAGGUGGUCGUCACUAGUUUCCACAGCCACAGUCAUAAUUAUGGCUUAACGAAGAGUUGUGCAAGAUGGCGAUGGGCCGGACACACUACUUUUUUUUUUAACUCUUCUUUCUUUUAAAUUAGUUAAUUGCAUCUGCCAUGGAGUCCAGUUUCAUAAUAUUACAGUUUGUCCCAACUGCGUGCCGUAGUUUAGAAGAGUGCCUGGGCGUCCGUAAAUUCAGAGUGUUGUCAGAUGGUCCGUUCGUAAAGUAGUCAGUUAUUCUGCGCUCUGGCACACUCAGACGAGAGUGCUCUGAAAUCGGAGUAGAUGGCCAGAGUUAAUUUACGAACGCACCCUAAGAAAUAUCCAAAUAAACCUUUUGGGUUUACGGAAAAUAACUUGAUAAACAUAAGGUUACCUAUCAAAAGUGAAAACAUUCAUUUUUCAGAAAAAGGUGUAAAAGGUAACACGUGUCCCUGUCUUCUUCAAGUUGUGGCCAAUUUAAACCACUUUUGUGUGUGUGACGAAAUAACGUUUUUUGGGACGAUUUGUUGUUUUAUAAAUGGCUGCUGGGUAAUUUGAUAUGCGUUGACAUCUGUAACACGAGAUCCACAUAGCAUGUUGGGGAGAUUAAACAAAGGAUGCCGAUUCAUUUUCAAUGAAGGAAAUGAAGUGGGCGGGGACCAUUGUGCGAGGGACGUGAACAGGGCGGGACCUAAAUUGGGGAAAGCAAAUACUCGGAGACAUCGCAUUGUUAUUUACCAAUCAAAGCUCACUACAGUUUACAUCCCCUACUGGAUUGGCUGUUGAUACCUAUCACUACCUAGCCUGCUUGCUUGCGCCAACAGUAGGGCGAAGCAAGAAUGGCUAUCUGAAUUUACGUGUUAAAAGGGUCUCGUAGUUUGUUAGUAGGCAUCGAAUUGAGCGAGUGCUACGCAGGUUCACUGGGGGCGUUUUCACACACAGUUCUGAGUUGUAGACAAAUCAGUUAGACUAUUUGUUACGUUGUAUUUUAUUAAUUUGGUCCGGUUGGUUUCACGUUGCCAAAUGAACAGCAAUUCCUAAACAAAACCAUGUAUCCAUGCAAGUCAUUUGUUUAUUGGACAAAAAUGCUCACGUUAAAUCCCUUUUAUGAUUAUUAUGAAGCAUCACUGUGCGUCCCAAUCUUCAUAUUACUUUGGUCUUCCAACAACGUGCUGGAGGAAGCCGCUCUAACUGCGACGUGGAUAGUCAAUGUUCAGGAGCCUACAGCCCCAUCUCCCCUAAUCUGCAUGGGAUGCACUCAGAAAUGCGCUGCUACUCACAGAAUGUUUCAGAGAUCUCAAAUUAUGAUGCUACAUGCGUUUCAUCAAAUGAGGUCAACCGACCAAUUAUUUUCCUGUGUUUUGGUCCGGACUGCGUUCUCACUGGCAGCGAACAGCACCACUGAACGAAUUGAAUCAGACCAAGACCACCCUUUUUGAGCGAGCUACGGUGCGUCGUUUAGUGUGCUCCGGAGUGCAGGUAGAAUGUUCACACCAGUCCAAACAAACCAAACUAAGGGGGUAAACGCACCAGAUUUUUUUUUUUUUUGGGGGGGGGGGGGGGGACGCUCCAAACCAGUUUGGUGUGAAAACGUGAGUUGCAAACCACAUGAAUGGGUCUAGCUCAUUUAUUAGCAGCUAAUGGUUUAAUGGUGAUUUGUAGGUGCGUUUACCCCCUUAGUUGCCUAGUUAAAUAAAGGUAAAAUAAAAGUAGUUGCUACCCCAGAUUGAGCCCAGCGAAUGUAGCAAGAGGUAUGUAGUAUCUGCAGAUGGCCACAGGGAGGAGCAAGAGCGCUAUAAACCCAUACUGUUUUUGACCCCACAAAAACAAACCCUAGGUUUAUCCCUUAAAGUUAGUUAUAACCUAUUUUAGCCUUAACCCUGAACAGACAGUAACCCUAGCCAUAACCCUAAUUCUAUGGUAGGAUAGCCUACAACACUUUUAGAAACACUCAUGUUCCAGUCAUUGGCAGCAGAGAACUGGAAGGAAUGGCGGCCAAAGGAGGUGUUGGCUUUGGGGAUGACCAGUGAGAUAUACCUGCUGGAGCACAGACUACGUGUGGGUGCUGCUAUGGUGACCAGUGAGCUAAGAUAAGGCGGGGAUUUGCCUAGCAGUGAUUUAUAGAUGGCCUGGAGCCAGUGGGUUUGACGACGAACUUGUAGUGAGGACCAGCCAACAAGAACGUACAGGUCACAGUGGUGGGUAGUAUAUGGGGCUUUGGUGACAAAACUGAUGGCACUGUGAUAGACUACAUCCAAUUUGCUGAGUAGAGUGUUGGAGGCUAUUUUGUAAAUGACAUCGCCAAAGUCAAGGAUCGGUAGGAUAGUCAGUUUUACGAGGGCAUGUUUGGCAGCAUGAGUGAAGGAGGCUUUGUUGCAAAAUAGGAAGUAGAUUCUAGAUUUAACUUUGGAUUGGAGAUGCUUAAUGUGAGUCUGGAAGGAGAGUUUACGGUCUAACCAGACACCUAGGUAUUUGUAGUUGUCCACAUACUCUAGGUCAGACCCGCCGAGAGUAGUGAUUCUAGUCGGGUGGGCGGGUGCCAGCAGCGUUCGAUUGAAGAGCAUGUAUUUAGUUUUACUAGUGUUUAAGAGCAGUUGGAGGCUACUGAAGGAGUGUUGUAUGGAAUUGAAGCUCGUUUGGAGGUUUGUUAACACAGUGUCCAAUGAAGGGCCAGAUGUAUACAAAAUGGUGUCGUCUGCGUAGAGGUGGAUCUGAGAGUCACCAGCAGCAAGAGCGACAUCAUUGAUAUACACAGAGAAUAGAGUCGGCCCGAGAAUUGAACCCUGUGGCACCCCCAUAAGAGACUGCUUUGUGACAUCUGCUGACAUAAAGGGCUUUAUAAAUACAUUUGAUUGAUAUUGAACAACUCGGUGAAAACAACAUUCCACAGGUAGGCUGUGGAGGCAGAGUGAAGUAGCUAGCUAAUUAACUAUUGGCCCUCUCAAAUCUAACUGUCUGUGUUGUCAUGUCUGUCUAUCUCUGCCUGUCUGUCUCUCUGUCACUCUCUCGGUGUGUGUGUCCCAGGGAUGCUGAUGAUGCGGUGCACGGUCGUGAUGGUUAUGACUACGAUGGUUACCGUCUCCGGGUGGAGUUCCCCCGUAGUGGGCGUGGGGGAGGGAGAGGGGGGGGUGGCGGCGGCGGCAGGGGGGGUGGCGAUGGAGGAGGAGCCCCAAGAGGACGAUAUGGCCCUCCCUCGCGGCGCUCAGAGUACAGAGUCAUCGUCUCAGGUCAGUCUUUACUGUCACCCCUCCUCCCCCUGUCUUUACUGUGUUACCCCUCUCCUCCUCUUCCUCCCUCUCCAGGUCUCCCCCUGUCUUUACUGUGUUACUCCUCCUCCUCCUCUUCCUCCCUCUCCAGGUCUCCUCCUGUCUUUACUGUGUUACCCCCUCUCCUCCUCUUUCUCCCUCUCCAGGUCUCCUCCUGUCUUUACUGUGUUACCCCCUCGCCUCCUCUUCCUCCCUCUCCAGGUCUCCUCCUGUCUUUACUGUGUUAACCCCUCCUCCUCCUCUUCCUCCCUCUCCAGGUCUCCUCCUGUCUUUACUGUUUACCCCUCUCCUCCUCUUCCCCCUCUCCAGGUCUCCUCCUGUCUUUACUGUGUUACCCUCCUCCUCCUCUUCCUCCCUCUCCAGGUCUCCUCCUUUCUUUACUGUGUUACCACCUCCUCCUCCUCUUCCUCCCUCUCCAGGUCUCCUCCUGUCUUUACUGUGUUACCCCUCCUCCUCCUCUCCUCCCUCUCCAGGUCUCCUCCUGUCUUUACUGUGUUACCCCUCUCCUCCUCUUCCUCCCUCUCCAGGUCUCCUCCUGUCUUUACUGUGUUACCCCUCUCCUCCUCUUCCUCCCUCUCCAGGUCUCCUCUUCUCUUUACUGUGUUACCCCUCCUCCUCCUCUUCCUCCCUCUCCAGGUCUCCUCCUGUCUUUACUGUGUUACCCCCUCCUCCUCCUCUUCCUCCCUCUCCAGGUCUCCUCCUGUCUUUACUGUGUUACCCCUCCUCCUCCUCUUCCUUCCUCCCUCUCCAGGUCUCCUCCUGUCUUCUUUACUGUGUUACCCCUCCUCCUCCUCUUCCUCCCUCUCCAGGUCUCCUCCUGUCUUUACUGUGUUACACCCUCCUCCUCCUCUUCCUCCCUCUCCAGGUCUCCUCCUGUCUUUACUGUGUUACCCCCUCCUCCUCCUCUUCCUCCCUCUCCAGGUCUCCUCCUGUCUUUACUGUGUUACCCCUCCUCCUCCUCUUCCUCCCUCUCCAGGUCUCCUCCUGUCUUUACUGUGUUACCCCCUCCUCCUCCUCUUCCUCCCUCUCCAGGUCUCCUCCUGUCUUUACUGUGUUACCCCUCCUCCUCCUCUUCCUCCCUCUCCAGGUCUCCUCCUGUCUUUACUGUGUUACCCAUCCUCCUCCUCGUUCCCCCCCCCCCCAUCCCGUCUGUCCAGAGGUCCUCUCCUGUGCUUUAACUGUGGUUACCCCUCUCCCUCCUCUCUCUUCCUCCCUCUCCAGGGUCUCCCUCCUGUCUUUACUGUGUUCACCCCUCCCUCCUCCUCUUCCCUCCCAUCUCCAGGUCUCCAUCCUGGUCUUGUACUGUGUUACUCCUCCUCCCUCCUCUUCCUCCCGUCUCCAGGGUCUCCUCCUGUCUUUACUUACUUGUGUUACUCCUCCUCCUUCCUCUUCCUCCCUCUCCAGGUCUCCUCCUGUCUUUUACUUGUUUGUGGGGUUACCCCUCCUCCUCCUCUUCCUCCCAUCUCCAAGGUCUCCUCCUGUCCUUUACUGUUGGUACCCCUCAUCCCCUCUUCCUCCCUCUCCAGGUCUCCUCCUGUCUUUACUGUGUUACCCCUCCUCCAUCCUCCUCUUCCUCCCUCUCCAGGUCUCCUCCUGUCUUUGACGUGUUGUGUUAACCCUCCCCGCCUCCUCCCUUCCCUCCCCUCUCCAGGUCUCCUCCUGGUCUUUACUGUGUUACUCCUCCUCCUCCCUCUUUCCUCCCUCUCCAGGUCUCCUCCUGUCUUUACUGUGUUACCCCUCCUCCUCCUCUUCCUCCCUCUCCAGGUCUCCUCCUGUCUUUACUGUGUUACUCCUCCUCCUCCUCUUCCUCCCUCUCCAGGUCUCCUCUUCUCUUUACUGUGUUACCCCUCUCCUCCUCUUCCUCCCUCUCCAGGUCUCCCCUCUAGUGGUAGCUGGCAGGACCUAAAGGACCACAUGCGCGAGGCAGGCGACGUGUGUUAUGCUGACGUGUUCCGGGACGGUACUGGCGUGGUGGAGUUCGUACGCAAGGAGGACAUGACCUAUGCUGUCCGCAAGCUGGACAACACCAAGUUCCGCUCCCACGAGGUACGUCAGAGGUUGAUUUGGAAUCCAGGGGGAAACACUGUUGGUUAGAGUCCAUCCCCAAUGAGUCUCACCAGGCAGCUUUCUCCUCUCCUCUGUGGUUUCUAUGUGUGUGUUUAGGGAGAGACUGCUUACGUGCGCGUGAAGGUGGACGGACCUCGCAGCCCCAGUUACGGACGCUCCCGCUCUCGUAGCCGUAGCAACGGGCGUAGCAACAGCCGCUCACGCAGCUUCUCACCGCCGCGACGCAGCCGGCCCUCUCCACGCUACUCGCCACGACACUCCCGAUCACGCUCCCGCACCUAGACACACACGGCCCCCAGGGAGAGAGAUGUGACAUCAUCCGACCAGGAGAGGGA